AUGUUCUUGUCUAAGUUAAGCAUAAAUGACAAAUCUGAACCGCUGAAACAUUAAAACAAAAAUAUACCUGAUUAGAAGGUCAUUAUUUUGCUUGUUGAUGCCUUAAGAGAAGAUUUCAUUGAGAUGGGUGAGGAUGUCCCAUAUUUUUUAAACAAAAAGUAAUCAGUUUAUACUGGACGAAAAAUUUAACUUUUUGAUGAUCUCCUUAAUGAACAACCAAAGAACACAUUUCUAUCAUCUUAACUUUCUGAAAUGCCCACUGUAACUUCAGUUAGAGUUAAAAGUUUACUGACAGGUUCUUUAAAUGCUUUUUUUGAGAUGAGUGAAAAUUUUGGGAGCGAAAUGGUUUCUCAUGAUAACAUUCUCUAUUAGUUAAAACAAACUUACAAAGAUUCUAAAAUUGUAUUCGCCGGUGAUUUUAUCUGGCUUGACAUGUUUAGUUAAUAUUUCGAUGUUGUUUACCCUUAUCCAUCUUUUAAUGUCGCAGACUUAGAUACUCUAGAUAUUGGUGCAAGCAAUGAUAUGCUUAAAGUUGUUAAGCUACAAAACUUCACUCUUCUUAUUGGCCACAUUAUUGGAGUUGAUCAUGCCGGUCAUACCUAUGGCCCUCAACACAUAGAGACUGAAAGAAAGUUAAACGAUACUGAGGCUAUUAUAAAGUAAAUUAUCGAUUUAAUGGAUGAUAAAACGACUCUACUAGUGUUCGGUGAUCAUGGAAUGACUGAUGGAGGAAACCAUGGAGGUGGUACAGAUAAUGAAUUAAGAACUGCUUUCUUUGCCUAUGCUAAGCAAGGUCUCCCUAACAAAAAGAGAUAAUCGAGACAUUAAAAUCAUAUCGAUAAAAUGCUUAAACAGAUGGAUAUUGCUUCAAUAGUAAGCUCUAUACUAAACAUUAGUCUCCCAUUUUCUAAUCUUGGGGUUUUAAAUCCUGUAUUCAGAUAUGAUGGCGAGCAUGUAAAUGAUAGAUAUCUUAUGAAUCUCUAGUAGUUGGAGAAUUAUGUGAUUACAUACUGUGGCUUAGAAGCUUAAGCCUGGUGUGAAAAAGAGAAGUAAGACAUUUAAAGUUAAAUCUCUAAGUAUCAGAAGUCAAUUAUCAAUGGAAUAGAUAUAGAUGAAAGGGAAUUAGAGGUAAUUAAGUUCAUGAAUGCGAAGUAUAAAGAUUUUUAAGGCUUUUGGACAACUUAUGAUGAUAUUGCUAUAUAUAAGGGAAUUAUCUUUUUAGUAUAUCUACUUGCUAUUCUACUGAUUCAUAUCAAGGAUAAAAGUGUGGAUAUAGUGAUUUUAGUUAUUCCAUUUGCGAUAUUGAUACCCCUUACUUUCGUUCAGAUAUUUGCAGUAUUAGCCUGUGCCUUUGUAAUAUUGAAAACUGCUUUUAUUUUACUUAGGUAUGCUUUAGUUUGGAGUUUCAAUAAUAAGGCUUUGAUGAAAUAUGAAUAUAUCGUUUGCACUCUGAUACUAAUCAUUUAUUUGAUCACUUCUUUUACUGAUAGCUUUGUGUAGGAACAUCCAUAUGUUGUUGAUUCUUACUUAAUGCUUUUAUUGUCUGUUAUCGUCAUAACUACAAACUAAACUUAAUUUAAUCAAUUACUGCCAGAGUGCUUAGUGAUUAUUCUAUGCAUCAAACUGGCAUAUUUCUACGACAAAGAAACUUCAAUGAAUGAUUAAACUGCUCCAGAACUCCAGGUGCUGAAGAAUUUUGUAAUAGACUCAAAACUUAUUUCUGUUUACUUAUCUGCUAUAAUGUAUGUGAUCAUUUACUAAAUACAGCCAGCUGUUAAUUUAUUUGAAAGAGUAAUGAAUCUCUCAAUGGCACUUGCAUUAGUAACACUAAAUGAACUUUAAGAAAGCGAAUAUAAGCAUAUGGUUGCUAAAAUAAUUAUCAUUGCUUCCUUCAUUUGGUUUAUAAUCACAUUCUUAAGAAUUAUUUUAACCAAGCAGAAUGAAAGUUUCAGUAAUAAAACUUAUCUCUUUGCAAUCAUCAAUAUCCUAUAUGUUUUGAACGGGCCAAAUCUUAUGAUGAGUUUGACGUUAAUGGUUAUUCAGACGGAGGCUUUUAUGAGAAUUCUUAAUAAAGUUAAGGUUAAACCUUCUAUCUUCACUGUCUCCAUCUUCAUUUACAUGACAAUCCAGCAAUAUUUUUACAGAACUAGUCACAGAGAAAGAUUUAACGCUAUAUAGUUUGGAAAGGUAUAUCUUGGAUUUACUGAGUAUAAUUUCUAGCUACAUGGAUUGUUUGUGCUAAUGAACACAUACACCUCUCAUAUUAUGGGAUUCUUGAUGAUACCUGCAAUUAUCAAGAACAAUAUGUCUGGGAAUGAAAGCCAUUCAGAUGAUCUCUCUAUCAAAUCAUAAGAAAAAAGAGAAGAUCUGUCUAAGAGCAAAGAUAAAAAAUACUUAUCUUCAAGCUAAAAUUAGAGAAAGAUUAUCACUUAUCUGAGUCUUUUAAUGCUAUUUUUUGCCUCAUUUAACCUUGUGUUUUCUGGAAUGAUGUGCGCUAAAAGUAAAAGAGAACUUAUUUGGCCUCAAAGAAGUGCUCCAAGAUAUAUAUUUGACCUGUUCCAAACAUUUGUGUUCUUGAUAUUUUCGAUUCUGUCUCAUGCCAAUGAAAAUCUUUUCGGUAAGUAAAUGAAAACUGAAGACUAAGACGAUAUCAAAUGA